AUGAUAAAUGAAAAACAUCAUCCACGAAGGUUUAACAAUACUGUAAACAUCUCAAACGGCCAUGACACUGGUAUUCACAUCGAAGUGGAAGGUGGAACAAUUUGUGGAGCAACAGCUAGUUAUGAUAAAAAGAAUAGCAGAAACACUAUGACAACAUUAAAUGAAUGGGACUUGCAAGAUGAAUUUGAUGAAAUUGAUGGUGUACGAUGGGCGUAUAGAUUUAUAGGCGAUGAAAUGUAUGAUGAUGGAGAAC